AUGGAGAUUUUAUCAAAGAAACAACAACAACGACCAAAGACGAUGAAUAAAGGUAAAGAUGAUAGCUUUAAUCAAAGGUUUUGGUGUCAGUAUUGUAAAAUAUUCGUAUACAAUAAUCAUGUGAGUAUUAAAAAUCAUGAAGAUGGAUGGACACACAAGAACGCUGUCAGUAGAUUCAUAGGCAAUCAAAAGAAAGAGAGAAUACAAGAACAAAGAUCGGAUCGUGAGAAACAAAGAGAAUUGGAUUCUAUCAUUCGAUCUGGUGAAAGAUCAUUUGUCUCAAAGGAUGGUGGUCAAUUCUCUCAUCAACCAAGAUAUAACAAUAACAAUAACAAUCAAGAUUAUAAAAAGAGAAAAGAGGGUCCUUCUUUUUCAUCUUCAUCUUCAACAUCAUCAUAUCAACCACAAACAAAAUAUGUUGAUACUAAACAAUAUAAUCAAGAAGAGUCAAAUCAAAACAAUGAUGGUGAUGAUGAAAACAAUCAACAAGGUGAUGGAGAACAGAAUGAAAACGACGAGGAAGAAGAAAAGAUUGAAUCUACAAAUGUUGGAGAAUGGGAAUCUGUUAGUGCAUCUGAUAGUAUGUUUGGAUCGAGUACAACUUAUUCAAAUAAUUAUGAUCACCAACAAGAAGAAGAUGGAUAUGGACCAGAAGAUGAAGAACAAGAUCAAUCAACUUCUGCUGGUGCUGGUAGAUCGAAUAAAAAAGUAUCAUUAUUUGGAUACCAAGAAGACGAAGACGAUGAGAGUAGUGGUGAAGAAUUGAUCGAUAUGAACAAAAGAGCAACUCUUAAUUAUCAACCUCCUCCUCCUUCUUUUUCACAGACGGAUACAAAAGGACCAAAGGUUUCAUUUGCUUUUGGAAAAAAGAAAUUAAAACCAGUAGAAGAAAAAGAAGAACAAGACACAUCAAACAAGACGAAACAAGACGAUAAACAAGAGGAUACAGAAAAAGAAAAAGAACAAGAGAGUAAACAAGAAAAUAAGGUAUCAUCAUUUGGAUUUAAACCAAAAUUAAAAGUAAUAAGGAAAGCAAGAGUUGAAGAGAAUGAAAAUUAA